AUGCCGAUUCGGCUUAUGGCGGCGUCGCUUCUUGCUCCCGUCAGCUCUCGCCUCGUGGUAUCCUGUCGCACGCCCUGUCGCGCAUCUGUCGCUAAUGCGGCUGAAUGGGGACGACGAGAGUUGAACACGCGACGUCGCCUCGUUUUCUGCUCAGCUCAACCGCCCGCAAGCAACGCAGAGAACGACAAGGAUAAAAACGACAAAAGCCAAGAACAACAGCCCUACCCAGAACCCAUCGCCCCGCCUCCCGCAGCGUCAUUCGCGGCGUCUCCUGAGGGGCGCGAUGCGAUAAUGGCGGAGCUGGAUCGCGCGUUGAGCGGCGAGGAGUCGAAGGCGCUCUGGGCGGACCUCGAGUCAGCCGCGCUGCGCGUUUCCCGCGCGCGCGCGUCGUACGAGGAGAUGGAGAAGAAGGAGAAGGAGCUGCUCGCGCUCAAGGCGGAACUGGAAGCCGCCGCGCUGAUGGAGGCGGAACUCGCGCAGGCGGACGCGCAGGUGAGCGGAAGAUAUCAGAGCCGGCGCAAGCGGGAACCAGGGGGCAUGAGGGAAGAUUUGGGGGGGGUGGAGAAGCUCGAAGCUGAGGUGGCCGCAGCAGAGCAGGCAGCCAGGGCUGCCGGAGCAGCCCUCAUCGAGGCUCGGGCAGGCGGCGGCUUCCGAACCAGCAGCGCAGGCUCGGGGGAACAAACAGCCGGAAAAUGGGCGGUGAGCACCGGCACAAUCGAUGACGACAAAGAACGAGUGGAAUCAGCCAAGGCGGCCACUGUAGCAGCUGUAGCUGGCACUGUAGCAGGCCUGCCAUUCCUGCUGAGUCAGCGAGCACAGGAAGGAGGGACGGGAUUGAGUUUCCUGGUGGCAGCGGCGGCGCUAGCAGCAACAUGUGCUCUGUUCGGUGUAACCUACCGGUACAUAGUCCGGAAAGACAUGGGAAACAUUCAUCUUAAAGCCGGGGCGGUGGGUGCUUUCGGGCUAGCGAGAGGGCUGGCUCAAGUGGACUCCACAUUCUCUCUUGUGAGCGCGGGGUCUGCAAAUAAUGGUCUCUCGGAUGACGUCAUGGGUAGUAUGACGGAUGGUGCCUUGGUGCCGGUGGCACUAUCGUUGCUGGAGGCAGGGGAGGGGGUGCUGGUGCUGGCCCUCACUGCCACUCAUGCUUCACCGCACCAGCAGCACCGAGGCAGCGGAUUGCCGGGCGACAAAGACGAACUCUCGCGAAACUUCCCCGUCGACGACAUUGUGCAGCAUCCGUUACCCGGUUACGUUUCCCCGUCCGCGAUCGCGUUUAGUCCCGACGAUCAAAUGAUCUCUUACCUGUUCAGCGAAGAGGGUACCCUCACGAGGAAGCUAUUCGCGUACGAGUUAAAGACGGGUCAGCAGAGGCUAUUAGUGGCUCCCCCGGGCGGCGGAGUCGACGAGGAUAAUCUCUCCAUGGAAGAGAAAUUAAGGCGCGAGAGGCAGCGGGAGCGCGGCUUGGGAAUCACGCGCUACGAUUGGUCCAAGAACGUGGCGGUUCCGCGCAUCAUGAUACCGCUGCCAGAUGGCGUGUAUGUGCAGGACGGCAUGGGCGCGGAUCUGCGCCUGCGCAUCCCGGGGGGCGCGUCCCCCAUCCUGGACCCGCAGAUCUCCCCCGACGGCUCCGCCAUCGCCUUCGUGCGCGACGACGAGCUCUUCGUCGUCUCCACCACCGCCGGCGCGCCCCGCCAGCUCACCUUCGGCGCAAAGGAGGCCAACAAGGUCCAUGGCUUGGCAGAGUAUAUCGCACAGAGUCGACGUGGUGCUCAUCAAAUCCAUCUCAUUCCCUCACUCAACCCUUCAAACCCCCACCCCUCCCCCUCUCCUCUCCCUGUCCCCCUUUUCUUCCCGCCUUCCCCGCUCCCCCUUCUGCAUUCUCCCCCCUUCCCCCGCGCCUUCUCCUUCUUUGUCCAACCCGCCCCCUCCCCUUUCCUGCCCGCCCACCCCCUUCUCCCUCUCCUUCUCCCUUCGCCCACCCACUUCUCCCCCUCCCACCUCCCCUCCUAUUCGCCCUCUCUCCCCCCCCCUUGGCGAGUGCAGGAGGAGAUGGAGAGGCGAAGUGGCUUCUGGUGGGCGCAUGACAGCACGCGCAUCGCCUUCACCCAGAGCGACCCCCCCUCACCCUGCCCACCUCCUGAGGAGAUGGAGAGGCGAAGUGGCUUCUGGUGGGCGCAUGACAGCACGCGCAUCGCCUUCACGCAGACACAUGAAGACCCUGCCCACCUCCCUGUCCAAACCCCCAUUCUUCCCCCAUCCACUCCCAUUCCCCCCCAUUCCCCCCCUGUAAUGCCCCCUUCCCAGGAGGAGAUGGAGAGGCGAAGUGGCUUCUGGUGGGCGCAUGACAGCACGCGCAUCGCCUUCACGCAGACAGACGCCUCUGCUGUACCGCUCUUCCGCAUCCCCCACUGCACUCGCCCGCCCGUGGGGGCGGACUCGGAGGAGGAACAUGCAUAUCCCUUCGCAGCCACGUCCUUUCACCUUUCUCCCUUUUUCUGUUGUGUUCGCCAUUUCAACCGUCCUCGUCCCUUCGUUCUUCCCUUUCCAGGCCAGGCGAACGUGAGCGUAAGGCUCGGGGUCGUUCCCGUGGCUGGCGGCGAGGUUCGGUGGAUGGAUCUGCAUUGCGGCUUGGCAGGCAGCAGCUUUGGUAAAACAAAAAGCAGCAGCAGAAGUGGCGGAAUCAACAGCAGCAGUGGGGUUAGAAACGCUGGUGCGGGUAAUGAUGGCAACGGCGGCAAUGAUGGUGGUAAUGGCGUUGGUGAUGGUGAUGGUGUACGGAUAGGAGGAGGCACAGGGCAGGUGGUGGCACAAGACAGUGGGGUGUUUCAGCAGGGAGAAGCAGCAAGGACAGUGGGUAGCACACACGAGGGUGAUGCAGGGAACCUACCUGGAAGGGACGCUGGGGAACCAGCACUGCCUGAGAAGGAAGCGAGUGCGAUUGCGACUGCUGGCAGUAGUGGCAGUGGCAAUGGCACUGCCGCAGCUGCUACAGCCGCAGCUGCUACAGCCGCUACAGCUGCUGUAGACGAUGAUGAUGACGAUGAGGAAUACCUAGCACGCGUGUCAUGGCUCCCAGAUGGGCGUCUGUCCGCGCAGGUACAGAACCGCAGGCAGACGCGCCUCAAACUCCUCCGCUUCGACCCCACCACAGGCAGCAGAGACCUCGUUCUCACUGAAACCAACCCCCUCUGGGUGAACCUGCACGACUGCUUCACCCCCCUGGUGAAAUCCGGAGGGGAGCUGCGCGGGGGGUUUCUGUGGGCGAGUGAGCGCACGGGGUUCCGGCACUUGUACUUGUAUGCGGGGUCGGGGCGGUGUGUGGGGGCGGUGACGGCGGGGGAGUGGAUGGUGGAGCAGGUAGCUGGGCUGGAUGAGGGCGCUGGGUUGGUGUAUUUCACUGGGACCAUGGAUAGCGCGUUGGAGAGUCAUUUGUAUGUGACAAGUCUGUUUGGGGGCGUGGAGGGGGCAGGAGGGGGUGCUGGUUUGGGGCCUGCGUUGGGGGCAGACAAGCGUGAUGCGUUUUCUCGUUAUGAGCAGCAGCAGCAGCAGCAGCAGCAACAGAUGGUGCCGAUGGUGUUAUAUUCGGUGCAACCUACCGCAACUUCAUCACCAUCAUCAACAGGAGCAGCAGCAGGAGUAGCUUCACCAGGUCUACCUGGCUCCAACCCAUCAGCACCACCACCAGCACCACCCGCAGCAGCAACAGCACUCCACGCACCCUCCUCCUCCCUCGCCCCCACCGCCCCCUCCUCUCUGCCGCCCGCCCGCCCCAUCCGGCUGACCCAGGGCCCCGGGCGGCACCUGGUGGUCCUGGACCACAGCCUGCAGCGGUUCGUUGACCUGGUUGACUCGCUUGACUCGCCGCCCGCCGUGCGCCUCUGCUGCCUGGCGUCGGGGCGGGUGCUGGCGGUGAUCUUCCAGCAGCACUCGCCCAACCCCCGCGUGCAGCGCCUGCAGCUGCGGCCGCCUGAGCUUGUGGAGGUGACUGCUGCUGAUGGUACCACCCUGCACGGGGCCAUUUACCGUGCUGGCUGUGAUCUACCGGUGAGUACCGUCUUCGGACACUCUUUGGGGCGAGUACAGCCACUGGGGAACCCUCCCUCAGGGCGAAUGCUGGCGGUGAUCUUCCAGCAGCACUCGCCCAACCCCAGAAUGCAGUGCCUGCAGCUCCGGCUGCCAGAGUUGGUACAGGUGACUGCUGCUGACGGCACCACCCUGCACGGGGCCAUUUACCGCAGUCUCGUCCCGCCUGAGCUCAUGCAGCUCACUGCUGCAGAUGGCACCGCACUGCUCGGGGCCAUCAGCAGCAGCAGAAUCCACUGUUCUCCCCUCCCCCCUUGCGUGCUGUGCCCUGACCUGGCCAUAUUUGGUCCGCCUCCCUAUCGCACAGUGGUGAGUGUCCCUGACCCGGCCAUCUUUGGCCCGCCUCCCUACCGCACGGUGGUGAGCGUCUACGGGGGCCCGCACGUGCAGACAGUGUGCGAGUCGUGGCUAUCCACAGUGGACAUGCGCGCCCAGUUCCUGCGUGCUCGAGGCAUGCUGGUGUGGAAGCUUGACAACCGGGGCAGCAGUCGCCGUGGGCUGGCCUUUGAAGGAGCCAUCAAGUGCAACAUGGGCGGCAUUGAUGCUGACGACCAAGCGGCCGGCGUCCGUUGGCUUAUCCAGCAGGGCCUCGCCGACCCAAACCGGAUCGGGAUUUACGGGUGGAGCUACGGGGGGUACCUCUCAGCCAUGUGCUUGGCUCGGUACCCAAGCCUAUUUCGCUGUGCCAUUUCUGGAGCUCCGGUAACCGCGUGGGACGGUUACGACACACAUUACACAGAGCGUUACAUGGGUCUGCCUGCAGAGCAGCCCACAGCAUAUGACCGGAGCUCUGUAAUGCGGCAUGUGGGUGGGAUUCGAGGGAAGCUGCUGCUGGUGCAUGGGAUGAUAGACGAAAAUGUGCAUUUCAGGCACUCGGUGCGGCUGGUGCAGGCACUUACUACUGCUGCUAAGCAGUAUGAGCUGCUGCUUUUUCCCGAAGAACGGCACAUGCCGAGGGGUCUCCGUGACCGGACGUAUAUGGAGGAGAGGAUUUACGAGUUUUUGACUAGAUGCUUGUCGUGA